AUGGUGAUCGGCCUUCCAGUCUGGGUUAUUAAGGCCAUUGACAAGAAACGUCGUGCUUUCUUGUGGACGGGGCACCCCUGCUGGGAUGGCCUGAAGUCCCCAGUCAAGCAGACCGUCUCCGACAUGUUCGCGGCAUCCACUUUCUUCGUGCCGGGAAAUGGUGAGUCUAUGCUCUUCUGGUCCGACCAAUGGAUCGAUGGCCGCUCGGUGGCGUCCUUGGCUCCAGAUCUCCUCUUCGUUGUUCCCCAGCGUCUUCCAGGUUCACGCACGGUUGCUUCUGGUCUGGCGAACAACUCCUAUGUCUCUGACAUCCGCGGUGCCCUCACUAUCCCAGUCAUCUCCCAGUUUCUCCUUAUUUGGGAUGCGGUGCUUCACGAUCUUGAGACGGCGAACCACAUCCUCCUCGACUAUGUGUUUGCUCAGUAG